CUUGUGCACAGAGAGAGAUGGCCAAACCGCGAACACGAUAAGCCAUCUGAUCAGUGGCUCGCCGUCGCCGCUGCUCCUCUCCAACUCCAACCUCGCAUCACUCCAUGCGCGAGCUCGAGCUCAGCUGAGUGGACGAUGGAAUGAGGCUCGUGGCUGCCAAACCUUGCUGCCUCUUCCGAAUCUCAAGCGUCGCCGCCGUUGCAGCCGGUCGCCGCCGGCCAUGGCGAGCCGCGGCGGCGAGCGGCAAUGCGCACGCCGAAGCCGAAGGCGAUGAGGACGGCCAAUCGCUGUCGGCGAGGGCGAGGGGCAGGCGGGCGCGGCUGUCGGCGAGGCGGCGGGAGAGGAUCGUGGUGGUGGAGGGCGGCGGCGUUGGGGGCAUCGGCGAGUUCCUGCGUCAGCCCGCCGGCGUGGAGUCGCUGCUGAACACGAGGGCGCUGCAGAGCUUCGCGGCGGUGGACGAGGCGCCGGGGGCGAACACGUUCCGGUGCACGCUGCAGAGCAUCGGCUUCCUCGGGUUCCAGGUCGCCCCCGUCCUCGACCUCCGCGUCGCCCCGACAUGCCACGACUGCACCGUCGAGAUGCUCUCCUGCAGGUUUGAGGGUUCAGGCUCAGUUGAGCAGCAGAAUGAGCUCUUUUCAGCUUUUAUGAGCAACCAUAUAACUUGGAAAGACGAUGGUGAGGAACCAUGCUUGGACAUUGAUGUCAAUUUGGAGGUCACUCUGGAGGUUUACACGAAGCCAUUCAGCAUGCUUCCAUUGUCAGCAGUGGAGACACCAGGCAACCUGCUGAUGCAAGGCCUCCUGGACAGGCUCGUGCCCUUGCUGGGGGAGCAGCUGCUGAGAGACUACCAUUCGUGGGUUCAGCUUCAGCAGCAGCAGCCUGAAAUUUCCUCAUUAGAAACUGCUGAAAUCGAUGCUUCAUAGUCGGAUGGCUUCAUCGAAUUCAGAGAUUUUUAGCGAGACGAAAGAAUUCUGAGAAAAUAUGUUGGAUGGUUUGGAGAAAAAUUGGUUGCCGAUGUAACUAAAAAUUGCAGUUUGUAAUAUAGUUCCAUUAUGACUGCUUCAGUGAAACUCAGGCAUCAAACUGCACAGCUUACAAUCUCUGUUUUCUUCA